AUGAGUCAACGCUUGAGAAGACUUGCGAGCGUGCGAAAGGCCGGUCCGUACGCCUGGCAAGAAGGGCAAAACAUCUCUUUUGCCCGGCCCGUAUAUUCCGACCCUGAGGUCGGUAGAAGAAAUUGUAGACCGGCGAGUCCCGGCCAAGGGAACGACCGCCUGAGUGAGGAAGGUGAGGGUGUGCGGUAUCGAGUGACAGGUGGCGUGUGCGAUUGCCACGGUGCUGAUGACCGACACCGACCCUACCGUGUCAACGAUCGCCGACGCAGCGAAGAUAGCGGCGGCGACGAGCGCGUUGACGGAAGAGGCGGUAGGGGAGAACACCGCGGCAUUCUUCACGCCUCUGACAGUCAGAGUCUAACUCCUGACCUUCUCGUGGCGCAACUGUUUAAACUAACAGGUGAAGGGGCAAAGGCAGAAGUUCGAUGGCAUGGCACUGGUGAAUUGCGUCUUGCUGAUUUCAAUAUACUGUGGUCAGGCAAAGCUGAGGGUCAUCCCAGCGCACUGGAGGAAUCGUUUCGCUUCACUAGGCCCAGCAACCUCAUCAUUUGCAUGGGCGACUUUAACGCGGUAACGGGUGUUGACCGCCGUAUGUCUGCGGUAGUUGGCCCCUUUGGUAGCGGGUCACCAAACGACAACUCUGAUCGUUUCCUAGAAUUCUGUGCUUCCGCGAAACUUAGGGCCUGCGGAUCCUGGUUUCGCCGUAAGAAUAUCCAUAGACGGACGUGGCACUCAAAUGACGGUGUUACGGCUAAGGGGUUGACCAUAUCCUGA